CGGGGAUUAGGGCUGGUUUUAGCUCGACCACUCUCCCGUCUCCCUCUCCCACGACGCUCCUGCUUCGUUUACGGCACCGGCCACUAGAAAUGACUAGCUCUUUUCUUGCUAAAAGCUAGCGACUUUUCCUUUCCUUCGACGUUAGUUCUUCACCAAAGUGAAGAAAUGAAGCGGGCUGCCCCAUGGGAACAGUCGCACCCAGUAUCUUCUGUUGAUUCUUCAGGCUCAGAUUCUGAUGAUGAUGAACUGGCUAGCUCAAAGCGUAGCACCAAAAAUGGAGGUUCUCAAUCAUCCAAAGAUAUCAAGCCAGAAGCAGCUGAACCCAGAAAGAAAAAGCUUGGUGGUAUGAGUUAUGAAGCUUUAAGCAGGCAUGGUUAUCAUGGUGGGCCAUCAGUCUUGAAGGUGCCCCCUCCAAGGGUUGAACAGAAAGAGCCAAACUGGUCCUGGUCAACAGGGAAACGUAGUGAUGCAGAUAAAGAUGAGGAAUCAUAUGAAGAACGUGAACGUACUAGAGCUACAAUUGCUCAAGGCGAGAAUCUUUCAAAUGUGCAAACAAACUUGCAGGCAGGUAAUAUGGAGAAGAAGAACCUCUCUUUUUCACAGAAGGAGAAGCGAAAGCGAGACCUUGGUCAGGCCAGCAGAGGGAAGAACUAUGUUGAAGAGGAGAAGAGGCUGCUGAGGGAGAGUGGCAUCUAUUCAGGCUUUGAUUCAUGAUGAUGCUGAUGUGGCUGCAUCCAUUUAACAUUUUUCAUGGGAUCGGUCUGAUGGUUAGCUGAUGCAUACUUCAAGCUUGUUCAUUUCAUGUUGCUCAAUAGAUGCAGUUUAAAUGUAUUUAAGAGUUCAGAGCCUAGUUACAGCAAAGAAUGUUGCAUUUUUGUCGAGCUCAUGAAGUCUUCUAAGUGCUAAUGGCCAGUAAAUAUUGCUGUAUGUGUUGAAGGUUUGUUGGGUCUAUUUUAGCCUAAUAGGGUAGAUUAAUGACUACUGAAAUGUGCUUGAUUAGGUUAUUCCCACCUAAUUUUGUAACCAUGGCAAAUCAUGUGUGGAUCAACAUAUGAAUAAUAAAUUAGAAGUCUAAAACAGAUCAUGUUUGA